AAAAUAUGAUGUAAUGUUUGUGACUAAAUCGUCAAUUGUAUGGCAAAUGUAUUAAACAUUGAAAUCAAGUGAUUGUUUGACUGUAUGUCUCAAGUGUUGCAUAAAGUUAUGAAAUAUAGGUUUCAAUGUUAAUGUGAUUGUAAUGCAAAUGUUUUUCAAUUUGUUUGUCAAUCGGUAACCGAUUUGAUGGACAGUCAUAAUAAUGGCUCAAAAGAGUGAACUGAGUUUGAUUGCCAUUAAUUUAAUGAACGAUGCCUUCAAUAGACAACAGAUAUUACUGCAGACUAAUGGUGAUAAUGAAUGGUCAGUUCCCAUUGCCAGCACCRGCAYCGGCAUCGGUAGCCAACUGUGGCCUUCAGGUGAUGUGUUGGGUUUCGUUGCGUUGACAUCACUGUCGGUCAAGUUGUCUGAGUUCAGACACAUGAUGUCCCUUCAGAUCCCAUUACUGCCCAAUAAAUACAUAUUUCUGUCCAAAGAAGGAUGGCCGGUGUCUGCCAUACAAGAAGCCAAUCUGAGCUUAUAUUAUGUAAUCAAUUCAGACAAUUCAAUGGUUAUGAUUCGCAGACAAUUUGACAAACAGAGGUUUGGAGUUCACACACAAACGGGACAAUCGCUAGGAUUCAUAUUCGCUGAAAUGGAUAAUACCGGACAAGAGAUCAGACAUUUGAUUACACAAGAGUUGAGUCUUGGAGACAAUUAUUCAUUUCAUUUAAUUGAUCGAAACGGAUGGCCCGUAACCAAGAAACAAGACAUUUAUGUUAAGGGAUGGGAUCUCAUGAUUAGUGGUGUCUUUAGGAUAUCAACGAUCAAAGACACUGAUAACGACAUAAUUACCUCAGAAGUGAAUAAUAAUAUUACUAUUACUAAUAAUAAUAAUGUAGAUGUGAUUGAUAGCAGUCCAUUGAAGAAAAAGAAAAGAAUUAGUGAACCACCAGUAGUUGAUUUAAAUAAAUCAUUGGUUAACUUAGAUGACAGUGUGAUCAGUACGUUAUCUGUAGUUCCCUUUAUUCAUAACCAAUCUGUAGAACCGGUAACACCGGCCAUAGCAUCUACUGCCACUGCGGCCACAAUUUAUCAGCCGUUAGUAACAGAAAUUAAACCAAUUCUUAUAAGUUAUGUGAGAGCCGAAGCCGAACAACACGCCCGACAACUUAAAAGUGAGUUAAAAGACUUGGGAUGUAAUGUAUUUUUAGACGUCGAUGAGAUCGAAGGCGGACACGACUGGGCCGAUGCUCUUAACAAUGCUGUACUUAACUGUGAUUUAUUUGUGCCACUUAUUACACCUAAUUAUGGUUAUACCCAAUGGACUAAUAGAGAAGUAAAGUUGGCUGACAUUAAAGGCAAGCAAAUAAUUCCAAUAAGUUUUUUGGACAGUUGGCCGCCUGAAUGUCUGGCCAUACAAUUUGCGUCCACACAAUAUAUCCCAUGGAAAACAAUGGCUGACAUUGAAAAGGCUUUUACAAAAGGAGAGGGAGAGAGGGCUAAAGAUAUAAGGUUUUGGGAUCAGCCAUAUGUUAGAACAACUGCCAUAAUAAUUUCAGAGCACAUGAAGGCAUCUGAGAAGGAUAAACAGCUAACUACUCAAAUAACUCCCGUUCCUAAUAACGACUUAUUAACACAAACAGACUCGAAGUUGAUGCCAUCUCAACAUAUCGCACGACCCAAUUCGUUGUCAGGUUUGGCACAAAAGAGACGACCAAAUAUUGUCAUAUCAUGUCAUCCCCAACAACGAGAGUUUGCAUCGCGUGUACGCCAAGAGCUGUCCAAAUUGGGUUUCGAUGUUUGGAGUUCAACAGACAUGUCUAUUGGCACCUAUUCUUUAAUGAGCGAUAGAACCACACCUCCUAUGGAUGCCGUGACACCAAUGACACCGACUCUAAACAGUCAUAAAUAUGGAACCGAUGAAUGCGACCAAAUGUCCGAUCAAACACUUUAUAUCGGAAGUCAAUUUUCCGAGUCAUCACAAGAGUCACAAUAUGUAUCACAAAAUCAUGACUCAAAAGGACAGAAAAAUCGCCAUAAAUUAAAUUUUUCGUUUGUCAGCGAACCGAAUCUGUUUCCUCAGUAUUCACAAGAUUUGUUUGGAAGUCAGACAUGUAUGCUAUCACCUGAAGACUUAGAUAAAGCGCAUAAUUUUAGAGAUCGGGCGGACGCGGCCUCUAUUGUGAUAAUAGUAUUGUCCAAAGCGUAUUGCGAUUCCAGGACGUGUAAACAACAGGCAUUUUACUGUGAUAUCCGUAAGAAAGUGAUUCCCAUCCGAUACGAGGACUUUCGGGCCCCGCACUGGCUCUCAAAACUUUUCGAUGACGACGAGAUGCUUGAAAAUGACGCCAACGAUUUGGAUUCAUUUAUGUCAGAAUUAAAUAAAAGAACCACCAAAUUGUCGGUUUCAUCUAAAGACACCUUCAAGUGCGCUAUGUCUGAGGCAAGAAUUGAUUCAUUGGCCAGUUUUAUUAGCAGACAAUUGCCAAUUCAUGAAAAGAAAAAAGUUAUGGUAUAUGUGGCCGGAAGUACUAAAUUUUUUAGCCCAUUAUCUGAACCUAUUUGUCGAGCUAUUGGACAAUCAUUAGCAAGCAUUCCUUUCUUAGUUUUGGUCACCGGCGGUGUCUAUGGUGUCGCUGAAACCACUGGAAGGAGUUUCUGUGAGGAACGAGAACUUCUAUUAAAGGAAAAGCCGGCGGCUUUGUAUCACAUACUUCCUCGUCAUAUGUCUCAGGAUCAAUCAAUGAAAGCGCGUCAGAACCCGGACGGCACUUUCCAAAACUUACCUUUCGGUCACACGUACUUCAUCGGUGACUCAUUCAAGGAACGGGACUCAGUAGUGGCCCGACUGUUUCACUAUUGUAUUAUUAUAGAGGGUGGACCUCGAACUGCACGAAUUGCCGAAGAGUUUAUGUGGAACGAUAACGUAGUGAUUCCCAUCAUUUGCACCGGUGGUGCCGCUGCCGGACAGUUUGAUUUGCCGGCAAAAAUACAUGACGUUCCUCUCGGUGUUCAUCAGGAUGACUGGUCAACACUUGUUAGACGCGAUGUAACGGCCGAACACAUAGCAGAUGCCGUAAAAAAUAUUAUUUGCUCUUUAGUUAAAUGCAGAUCCAGAAAGAUUAAGAAAGAAAUGAAACACAACUCUCCCUUUAAAAGUACUAAAACUAAAAGCACUCGACUUAGGAAUAAAACGUGAAACAAAUUUAUUAUUAAUUUUUCAUAUUUUGUUAUCAUUUUGUUUAUCAUUUAAUUAUAAUAAUAUACACAUUCCUAUCAUUUUUACAAUUUAU